GAGAGUUUGGUAUAAAAGCGAAUCCAACCAGCCAUUGUACUGUCAGUUUCUAUGCCAACUUCCGCCAGUGCACUGUGCUUAAUCAAAAUGUGGCAGCUUUACGGAGUUUUUUCCCUAAUCGCCCUCGCAGCAACCGCCGAAAUCCCCGACUACCAAGAAGCCAAAAAACCAAUCAUCCCCAUCCUCAAACAAACUUUCGACCAAGACCACGGGGGCUACCAGUUCAGCUACGAGACGGGCAACGGCAUCCACGCGCAGGAAUCGGGCUAUUUCAAGAAUAAAGGCGACGAGAAGAAGGAAAUUUUGGUGCAGCAGGGCACCAUCACCUACCAUGACGAGCACGGCCAUCCCAUCACCUUGAGCUACAUCGCGGAUGAAAAUGGGUUCCAACCACAGGGGGCCCAUCUGCCCACGCCCCCGCCCAUCCCGCAAGAAAUCCAAAAGGCGCUGCAGGAAAUCCCCCAGCAGGACUAUGCGGAGGAUUAUCAGCAGUGAUUGUUUGUUGAUUUGUUUUGUUAAGUUUGAAAUAAAUUGGUUGAAAUGAAA